GGGAUCGUUCUCCCGAUCACAUAACGCGACAUCUCUCUUUCCUCCUCUCCGCUGGCGACAUAAGCGACGCGCAACCGACACCCCGUCCUCCUCUCCCGGACCAAAGGAGCUUUGUUGCUUUGCGAUGCGGGACCCAGAGCCAUGAAAAUGCUUCGGUUCCGGAGUCCGAGCAUCUCCUCCCUCGCGCAGGAGGUCCGGUGCACGGUUCGCCUGCUCGACGACUCCGAGAUCGCGUGCAGCAUCCAGAGAGACACUAAAGGGCAGUUUCUCUUGGAUCAUGUGUGUAAUCACUACAGCCUGCUGGAGAAGGAUUACUUUGGCAUCAGAUAUGUGGACCCAGAGAAACAAAGGCAUUGGUUGGAUCCGAGCAAACCAGUCGUGAAACAGAUGAAAUGUCAGCAGCCGUACACUAUGUGCUUCAGGGUGAAGUUCUACCCUCAGGAGCCAAUCAAGAUCAAGGAAGAGCUGACAAGGUAUCUUCUGUACUUGCAGCUGAAGAGAGACGUGUACCACGGUAGGCUGUUGUGUCCCUUCGCUGAUGCUGCGUAUCUUGGAGCCUGUAUAGUACAGGCUGAGCUUGGGGACUACGAUCCUGAGGAACAUCCUGCAGACUACAUCAGCGACUUCAAGCUCUUCCCCAAACAGUCCCUCAAACUAGAGCGUAAGAUCAUGGAGAUCCACCAGAAUGAGCUGAGGGGACAGUGUCCUGCCCUCGCCGAGUUAAAUCUUCUUCAGAGGGCUCACACACUGGACACAUAUGGAGUCGACCCACAUCCCUGCAAGGAUUUCACAGGAUCCACAGCCUUCCUGGGAUUCACUGCAAGAGGGUUUGUGGUUUUCCAGGGAAAUAAGCGGAUCCACCUUUUAAAAUGGGCAGAUGUCAGCAAAUUUAAGUUUGAAGGGAAAACGUUUUAUGUGAUUGGAGUGCAAAGAGAGAAGAAACUGGUUCUGACGUUCCACACCUCCACACCAGCAGCCUGCAAGCACCUGUGGAAAUGUGCCGUGGAAAACCAAGCUUUUUACAAAUGUGCAAAGUCCAGUCAGAUCAAGACUGUGUCCAGCAGCAGUAUAUUUUUCAAGGGAAGCCGAUUUCGCUACAGUGGUCGGGUGGCUAAAGAAGUGAUUGAAGCCAGUUCAAAGAUUCAGAGAGAACCUCCUGUUGUACACAGGUCUCAGUUUGGUCAAAGCAGAAGCUUUAUUUCGCUCAGUCAUAAACAGCUGAUAAUGAACAUGGAGCCUCUUCUACCAGCACUGAGCUCCAGCAGGGAAACCAGAGACUCCUCCGCAGACAACGGACUCUCGGCUUUGAAAGACUCGGUACAUCUGUCCCCACUGAAACCAUCGGUCACUCCUGAGGAGGCGGAGAUGGAGGAGAGGGAAAACCACGUUCAGGACAGACGCGAAGACGAGGCAGCCAGCAGGACGAGAGCGGAUGAGGAAAGGAGAGAGAUACACGUAGACCAUGAAGAUGAAGCGUGCGCGGCUCUCACCAUAUCUGACACAGCGUACAGCCCGUGUGCCAGCAUGGUGCCCACGCCGGUGGAGGAGAGCCAGGGCGGCCUAGACCUGCUGUUCCAGAGUCCCGCGCGCCUGCUGAAGGAGCUGCACGCUGACCCAGAGAUGCAGCUGGAGCUCCAGGCCGAGAGGGAGAGGGAAGUGGCCAGAGAAGCGUUUCGUCAGUCGCUGUGCAGCCCGUCAAGUGGACGGCAGCAGAUGCAGGCGUGUCUGCGCAGUGCCGCCCGUCUGGUGGUGAUGGCCACGGGUCUCCUCAUGAUUCUGCUUCCCCUCCUGCUCGUGCUGCUGGAGUCAGACCUGGACAUCUCGUUCUUGCAUGACAUCCGGCAGACGCCCGAGUUUGAGCAGUUCCACUACGAGUACUACUGCCCCCUGCGCCGCUGGAUCCUCUGCAAACUGGAACUCAUGACAGAGCAGCUCUGGGGCGACUGAGGCUCAGCGGGAAAUACAGGGAAUGGGGGGCGGGAAUAUAAUGGACAGGACAGGGACAGGUUUGCUCUCCUACAUCACAUGAUUUAUUCAUUCACAUCUUUUGCAGAUCUCGUAGCAGUAAUGGAGGCAGUUUCCUAGCGCUUGCGCUGUAGUUGUCUAGUGUUUAAGCCAUAGCGUUAGACAGCGGACAGCAGCAUGGGCCUUUAAAGGGUUCAUUAAAGCUGUAUGACAUGCACAGCUUUGGUAGAAAUGCACUGGAACAUCAUACAUUUCAACAACGAUGACGGAUAUGUAUGCUUUUUCAAUAUCUUCAUUCAUUUCAUCUGCCUGUUGUCAUAAACUUGAAAAAGAGUGUCAGUCAGGGUCCAAAAUUAACUUCUUGUCCUACAUUUCAAUGGUGAGUGAAUUUUCUGGACAUAAAAGAUUUUAUUUUAAUUUAUUUUACAGGUUUUUCUUUGUUUUGUUUUGAUUCCUGUGACUAUUAAUAAGCCCCCUUUCUCUCU